UGCACGCUAUAUUAAACUGAGGACGGGGAAGACUCGGACAAGAAAACAGUCUCGCUCUGCUGCCCAGCCUGGAGUGCAAUAGCAUGAUCUCAGCUCACUGCAACCUCUACCUCCACAGUUAAAGUGAUUCUUCUGCCUCAGCCUCCCGAGUAACUGGAAUUACAGGCACGCACCACCAUACCCGGCUAAUUUUUGUACUUUAGAGACAGGGUUUCACCAUGUUGGUCAGGCUGGUCUUGAACUCCUGACCUCAGGUGAUCCGCCUGCUUUGGCCUCCCAAAGUGCUGGGAUUACAGGCGUGAGCCACCACGCCCGACCUUAGUACCUGUUUUUGUGUCGCUGUAAACAUCAAGGGUCAGUGUGUGUAAAUGCAGAGGACAGUAGUAUCUGUGCUCAGUAAUCAGAAAUUUUUCUGGAUAGGAGUCUGAUUCCUGGGCUCAGUGAGGUAGUGUGAGGAGCACCCACCCAGGUCCUAACCAGGCGGCAUCACAUAUAUACUCACUGUCAGGCUAUGAUUAAAAAGAAGGGAGCUUUCUUUGUGGGGAUAAAAACAACUUGCAAAGAAAGCCAAUUGCCGAUGCUCAAAGUGUGGAGCAGCCUCAAGGCUCUGUGCAUUUCCUGGGGAAAACAGUGGCAUUUGGGUUCCCUGUGCCUCUGGGUCAGAUCUUUGACAAGGUCAAGGGUCUGUUGUGUCAGCUGGACACUCAGCCCAGGGCACACACAUCCAGACCGUGAUUAGCUCAAGUUUGCCCACAGAGACUUCAAGGAGGAGAUUGCCAGAGAAGUGCAAUUAAGAGCACCUACUGAGUACAUAUAUACACACUGGCAUAUAUUAGCCCAAGCAGAAAGAAGGUGUAUUGGGGGGAAAAGUUAUGGGAGCAAAGCAGUAGGAGGGCCAGGCCUGGUUUCAUAGACUGGGGCUGUGGUUGGGGGUGAUAGGAGGACUCAGGAAGUGGUGCUGGGGAGAUCCCUGGUAGAGGAUGUGGCCUUGGUGUAUAAGUUAAUAGCCAACAGGAGCACCAUGGCCAUUGCUAGCCCUUGUGGUGCCAAUUAGAAAAAGAUGUCUCCUCUGAGGAUACCAGUGAGAAAAAGUCACCCCUUUUGAGGGGAGGACAGGGUCAGGCACAGCCUUGUACAAGGACACAUAGCUGGGCUGGAUUUCAGCCCUCACUGGUGCCCUUUGGCCAGUAAACAACCUGUGCACCUGUACAUGGCAGCCCUGGGAGCUACGUGGCUCUUAUCAUGACAAGUCCAAGAAGAGAGCAGAAUCGGCAGUGUCAAGAAGUGUCUGAACCGAGCACAAUGGCACAUGCCUAAAGUCGUAGCUACUCAGGAGGCUGUGGCAUGAGGAUCAUUUGAGACCAGCCCAGUCAACAUACACCCUGUCUCAAAAAGAAAACAGUUCCCCCCACUUACAUGUAGUCCCCUAGAGAUGAGGGGGCUGGGAUGUCCCUUGCCCACGGCCACCCCACGGCUGUGCCUCCUCACUGUCUGUGUUUUCCUCUCUGGCGGGGCGCGGGGCGGCCCCUAGGUAUCCAGCCACAUACAGGUUCUAGCUCGGAAGAAGGUGCGGGAGUACCAGGUUGGCAUCAAGGCCAUGAACCUGGACCAGGUCUCCAAGGACAAAGCCCUUCAGAGCAUGGCAUCCAUGUCCUCUGCCCAGAUCGUCUCUGCCAGUGUCCUGCAAAACAAGUUCAGCCCACCCUCCCCUCUGCCCCAGGCCGUCUUCUCCACUUCCUCGCGGUUCUGGAGCAGCCCCCCUCUCCUGGGACAGCAGCCUGGACCUUCUCAGGACAUCAAGCCAUUUGCACAGCCAGCCUACCCCAUCCAGCCGCCCCUGCCGCCAACGCUCAGCAGUUAUGAGCCCCUGGCCCCGCUGCCCCCAGCUGCUGCCUCUGUGCCCGUGUGGCAGGACCGCACCAUUGCCUCCUCCCGGCUGCGGCUCCUCGAGUAUUCAGCCUUCAUGGAGGUGCAGCGAGACCCUGACACGUACAGCAAACACCUGUUUGUGCACAUCGGCCAGACAAACCCCGCCUUCUCAGACCCACCCCUGGAGGCAGUAGAUGUUCGCCAGAUCUAUGACAAGUUCCCCGAGAAAAAGGGGGGACUGAAGGAGCUCUAUGAGAAGGGGCCCCCUAAUGCCUUCUUCCUCGUCAAGUUCUGGGCCGACCUCAACAGCACCAUCCAGGAGGGCCCAGGAGCCUUCUAUGGGGUCAGCUCUCAGUACAGCUCCGCUGAUAGCAUGACCAUCAGCGUCUCCACCAAGGUGUGCUCCUUUGGCAAACAGGUGGUGGAGAAGGUGGAGACUGAGUACGCCAGGCUGGAGAACGGGCGCUUUGUGUACCGUAUCCACCGCUCGCCCAUGUGCGAGUACAUGAUCAACUUCAUCCACAAGCUGAAGCACCUGCCUGAGAAGUACAUGAUGAACAGCGUGCUGGAGAACUUCACCAUCCUGCAGGUGGUCACGAGCCGGGACUCCCAGGAGACCCUGCUUGUCAUUGCUUUUGUCUUCGAAGUCUCCACCAGUGAGCAUGGGGCCCAGCACCAUGUCUACAAGCUCGUCAAAGACUAGGGGGCUCUCUGCACCUCCGUAAGGAUGCAGGGUGAGCAUCUCCUCUCCACACCUGCCUGGCACCCCUGGGGGGGUCCAGGAUUGAGGACUCAUCUACCUGCCAGGCCUCAGGACCAGGACCCAGGAGGCCUCCCCACCUACCCCAGCACACACACUCCCUGCCACUGUUCUGCGCUUUAAUUGAGGAGAGGAGGGCUCAGCAGUGGGGCAGCCUGCCCGCAGCGCUAACCCACCAUCACUCCGCUCUGCCCAGCCUCGUGUGACCUCAGAGAGGUGGGGAGGGGGAACACCUUCAGCCUCUGGCAUGUGUGGCCACUGCCCCACCAUAGGGGAGUGUCAUGGGCAGGUGAGGGCAGGAUGGAGACCGGGGGAAUCAGCAAGUGGAGGCCCUGGGAAAGGAGAGUGUCAGGUCGGGGUUGGGCUCUGAGGGCAGAGGGGGCCACACUUCUUUGCCCCGUGUGUCAGGCUUGGUGCCCAGACUCCUUGCCUGGCUUGUGCGGUGCUAGACUCUGCACAGCAAGUGUGGGUCUCCAGGUUUCAGAUGAAGUGCCGAGGCUCCAGGAAGUUGAGGGACCCACAGGAGAGGUGGGCAGAGCUGGAGUUCUCAUCCAGGGCUGCCUGUCCCCAGAGCCCAGGUUUACACUACCUCCCUGGGGCGGGGGAUGGCCACAGGGUGGGGGAGAGUAGAGCCUCCUCAAACUCCUUGAGGACAACUGGGUUAGGGGAACACCUGUUUCUACAGCAGUAGACCCUGUUAGGCACCCCAUCAGCCCACAAGCCAGCCAGGGGGGGCUCCAGGAAGAUGGGGCACCCCCACCACCCUCCAGAUUGAGGGCAAGGUAGAGGAAGGAGUCCCAGCCUCUGGGCAGACCAGAAGCCUGAAGGGAGGGCUAGCAGAAGGCUUUUGGUUUUUCUCUUGCCCAGGGCUGGGAUCUGACAAACCCUUGGUGGGCACUGCUCCCUUAGGUUCUCCACCUCAGUCUACCUGCCCGGAGCAGGAGCUCCCAGACCCAGUGCUGGGACUGAAGGUUAACCCUUCUCCUGCUGCCCCUUCUCAACACCCAGGCCCCCAGAGCCAGCCGGGCCUGACCAGCAGCCACCUGUGGGUAUUUAUGAGUUUCAUAUGAAGUACUGUGCCCCUUCCCUUCCUCAUCCUGCCCCUGCCCGAGCUUCCUGAAGGUCCUCACCGUUUGCAUAUUGCUCAGGCCACCUCCAAACCCCACCUAGGUUUUAUAAUGUAUAUUAUAUAUAUUUUUGUGUAUUUUUAAAAUCCAGCUGUGAUGGGUUGUAUCAUAAAUGCGGCUUGGGGUUGGGGCAGGGGCCAUCAAGGCCCAGUUCCUGCUCAAAAAAAAACAAAAUUAAAGUUAUGUUUGUGGGUCAGUCAUACAA